AGCUUCCUUCAAAUCCCUCUCUUCGUCUUCCUAUCGAUUUCUUCUACGACAGAGAUCGGAUUUCACUCUAUCUUUUGUGCUUUCACGUUCAGAGAUGGCGAAGUCGAAGAAUCACACAGCGCACAAUCAGUCACGCAAAGCACAUAAGAACGGUAUCAAGAAACCAAGGAAGCACCGCCACACUUCCACUAAAGGGAUGGAUCCGAAGUUCCUUAGGAACCAGAGGUACGCCAAGAAACACAAUAACAAAAGUGGGGAAAAUGCUUCUGAGGAAGAGUAAACUAGAACGCUAUGUAGUCGCCAAGUCUAGGGUUUUUAUAUUAUAAGUUUUUCUUAUGUUGAAUCUUUUGUUAUCGCCCUAAUUUUUGUUCAGUAGUAUUGCUAUUUUGACUCAAUGUGGAAUCUGUUGCUUCUGAGGCCUGUUUUACGACAAUACAUUGUCUGAUUUGCAUUUUUAAGGCUUGAAUUAUUGGUUACAUCUUUACACACAAUCAAUUUGUGCUGUUGAUGCUCUCUUCA